AUGGUGCAGAAAAGUGGGACCCAAUUCACGGUAAACGGGCACCCGUUUUACGUGAACGGGUUCAACACGUACUGGCUGAUGGUUUUUUCGGUGGAUGAGUCGACUCGAGUGAAGGUGAGCGAAGUUUUUCAACAGGCUUCGGCUGUGGGGCUCUCUGUUUGCAGGACUUGGGCUUUCAACGAUGGCCAGUGGCGGGCCCUUCAGAAAUCCCCUUCCGUUUAUGACGAACAAGUUUUUAAGGGCUUGGAUUUUGUCAUAAGUGAAGCGAAAAAGUACAAAAUACGGCUCAUAUUGUCCCUAGUCAACAAUUGGGAAGCGUACGGCGGGAAAAAACAGUACGUGAAAUGGGGGAAAGAUGCCGGCCUCAACUUGACCUCCGAUGAUGACUUCUUUUCUCACCCGACUAUUAAGACGUAUUAUAAGAAUCAUGUUAAUGCAAUUUUCGUGCAGACUGUGCUAAACAGAGUUAAUACUAUAACGAACAUAACCUACAAGGAAGACCCAGCCAUUUUCGCAUGGGAACUAAUGAACGAGCCGCGGUGUGAAUCAGAUCCCUCUGGAAAUAAGUUGCAGGGUUGGAUAGAAGAAAUGGCAGUGUAUGUAAAAAGCAUUGAUCCCAAGCAUUUGGUGGAGAUUGGGCUCGAAGGCUUCUAUGGACUUUCGACUCCUAAUAAAGUUCAAUACAACCCAAAUACUUAUGCUCAGCAAGUUGGGACUGACUUCAUCCGCAACCAUCAAGUUCUAGGGGUUGAUUUUGCUUCUGUUCACAUCUAUCCAGAUUCUUGGAUAUCUCAAUCAAUUACGAAAGCGCAUGUUGAAUUCACAAUAUCAUGGAUGCAAGCUCACAUUGAUGAUGCCGAGACGUUCUUGCACAUGCCAGUCGUGUUUUCAGAGUUUGGUGUCUCUAGAAACGACCCUGGUUACAAUUUGACUUACCGGGACAACCUCAUAAGCACAGUGUACAGUACCCUUUUGAACUCUACCAAGAAAGGAGGCGGUGGAGGAGGUAGCUUGUUAUGGCAGGUUUUUCCCGAGGGCACAGAGUAUAUGGAUGAUGGAUAUGCCAUUGUUCUUUCAAAGUCACCUUCGACAUCAAAUAUCAUAUCUGUUCAGUCCAAUAGGUUGAAUAUCUUCAAUUCCGUUUGUUCUUGGAGAUGCCGAUGGGCCUGCAAGAAAAGGCAUGCAUUAGAGAAGUCGGUUUAUGGUGAUGAGCUUUGA